CAGGCCGAAACUUUCACUACCAUGCCUCCUUCACUACCGUCUAGAAAACGCAAGGCGUCUGCUGUGGAUGAUGUCGUUCAAACCAUCCAAAAUCUCGAAAAGGAGCUCACUACUGCCGUGUCCACUGGCCUCUCUUUGAAUCCCCUUGCUGACCUCUUGGACAUCGCUUUGGAGACCGAGAAUUCCGUCUAUCUCUCCAAGACUAUAUACUCUCUGUACCGUGUCUUUGUGCUUGCUAUUUUGCGAGGCCUUCUCUCUGGUCCCGACCGCAACCCGGAAGCACGGGCUGUCCGCACCUGGCUAUUGGAGAGGUUCCACGCUUUCGUCGAGCUCCUCGCAGGUACUCUAAAAGAUGAGGAAGUGACUUUGAGGACGUCCGCUCUGGACAUCAUGCUCUCUCUUCAAAAACAUCUCUCUUCCUCACUCACUCGUACGGCCGAUAGCAAGCAGCCGCCUCAAUUCCACGCUUCCCAUUUUCGAAAGAUAGUCUCCGCUCUUCUCCUCUGUCCUCCUCCGCCCCGUGCUACAAACACAAAGAAGCGUAAGAUUGAUACCCAUGGCAUCGACGAUCGUACCCUCGACCCCGAAGUCCGCGACCAUUUCGUGAACACCUGGCUCAGUGUCCACGACGACAUCAGAUGGUUCUUCCUUCGCGAUGCAGCAAUUUCACUCGCGAAACAUCCUCAUAGCGAGGCGCCCCAGCUGGCGGGGAAUUUGCUAUCUAUCCUCGAGCGUCUUACAACAUUCCCGACGGAACCUUCAGAGCUGAAUCAGUGGUGGGUGGAGGAGCUUGGCUCCAAGCCACCAUCUUUGCAAAAGAUUGGAGAAGACAAUGACGAAGCCGACCUUCCGGAGGAGACUGGGGAAGACCAUGAAGACGACUGGCGCAAGUUCUUUGACGAGCCCGCCGCGAAACCUCUAGAUGGCAAGAAGGCAUCUGUCGGGCGUGUACAUACCCUGACACUUCACCAAUCCUUGCACUCUCUUGCCGCGCAUCGAGCUGUCUUCACUAAGACUUGGCUCGCGCUGCUUCCUCGGCUGUCACUAGGCUCGCUCGAGUCGAGGAAAGCCUUCUCUCUCCGCGUGCUGAACGUGCUUCACCGAGGUGUGAUCCCUCACCUGACGCGACCCAUCUUGAUCAUGGACUGGGUGAGCUCUUCCGUAGACCACGGGGGUACCAUCGGUCUUCUAGCGCUCAAUGCGCUCUUCACGCUCAUGAAAGAGUACAACCUCGAUUACCCAUCCUUUUACACUCGGUUGUACGGCUUCCUCGAUAGAGAUGUGCUACACCUCAAGCACCGCGCUCGUUUCUUCCGACUUACGGAACUCUUCCUCAGCUCGACACACCUUCCCGCAACCAUCGUCGCAUCAUUCGUCAAACGAUUAUCGAGACUUUCCCUCACCGCGCCGCCGGCCGCAGUCAUCAUGCUCAUUCCCUUCACGUACAACAUGCUACGUCGGCAUCCUGCGCUGAUGGUCAUGAUCCAUCGCUCCGAGGACAUCGCCGGAGCCGAUUACGAUGGUUUCAUGGCUGCGGAGCCCAAUCCAGCGUUGACGAAUGCUCUUGAGAGCUCAUUAUGGGAGCUGUACAGUCACAGACAGCACUACCACGCGUCUGUCUCGACGCUUGCCAAAAUCUUUGAGGAAGCAUUCACACGACCAAGUUAUGCGAUGGAAGACUUCCUAGAUCAUACCUACGGAACGCUAUUCGACACGGAAGUGAAGCGUAAGAUUCGGAAAGCACCCGCGGUUGCGCCUUCUCUGGAGCUUUCCCAAGUACUGGAUGAAGAUGGUUUGGGUGACCUGUGGACAAUUGCUUGACUGAAUGACCGUACAUUUAAGUCUUCUAGCCAAUGAUCGACCUAUGCCGAGUGUAUCCAAAGCACGCACG